AUGUAUCAGCACAAACACUCGCAAUCGCAUACAUAUUUAGGUCCUGCAACCUUUGCGCCGCCAUUCUACAAUCGACCUCCUACACCUCUUCCACCCAGUCCGUCGUUGACGAGUCUCCUACGUCCGACUUUCAGCACACAUGCCUCAAGACAUACAACACCCGACCCGAGUACCGCAACAACCCUCACAACCUCCUUCCGCACCGCAAAGCCCAUUCCACGUGCCUCGCCAAAGGUCCCCACGUACGAAUACUACGGCUUUACAUUGUAUCUAACCUCCUCUCUCGGCUUUGCAAUCUACCUACUCUGGAGUUACUUGCCUUCGCCGUUUUUGCACCAGCUAGGUAUCUACUAUUACCCAAACAGAUGGUGGAGUUUGGCGAUUCCGGCUUGGUUGGUUAUGCUUGUUGUGUGGAUUUACGUCGCGUUGGCUUCAUACAAUACUGGCUACUUGACACUCAAAAUGCAUGCCGUGGAGUGUUUGGUUGACGAUGCUGCGAACAUUGCUGUGGUAGACAGCAAGGGAAACAUUAUUCGGAAAGAUGAUGAGGGCAGGUGGAAGUCUCAUCGCAGAGACAACAGUGCUGGAAGAAAUAUGCCUCCAAAAGAUCUACAGUGGGACACACUAUGGAACGAAGGAACGGAUGCUGUUAUGGAUGUGCCUAUCGGAGGCGUCUGUGAGAUUCUCUAUGGCACACCUGACGAUGAAGACGACGAUACGAUAUUAUGA